CGCAGUUGUAGUCCCGGCGCCGCGCAUGUGCGUCAGACGGCGCAUCGCGCAGGCGCAGCGCGCCCCUCAUGCCGCUGCCGGAGCUGCGGAGGCACCUGCGGCACAGAAUUGCCCGUUUGCUGCUCUGAGGGUUAACUGGCUCUGUGUACGGCACCAUGGAUGAGCUGCAGGAUGUUCAGCUGACAGAGAUCAAACCGCUUUUGAACGAUAAGAAUGCAGCUCGCAACUUCCAGGACUUCGACUGCCAGGAACAUGACAUUGAGACAGCCUUCGGAGUGGUCCAUGUCACCAUGCGGGGCACACCCAAGGGGAACAGACCUGUCAUCCUCACAUACCACGACAUUGGCCUCAACCACAAAUCCUGUUUUAACGCGUUCUUUAACUUUGAAGACAUGCAAGAGAUCACUCAGCAUUUUGCCGUGUGCCAUGUAGAUGCACCAGGCCAGCAGGAAGGAGCCCCUCCAUUCCCAUCCGGGUACCAGUAUCCCAGUAUGGAUGAACUGGCUGAAAUGCUGCCUGCUGUUCUGACACACCUGAACUUGAGAAGCUUCAUUGGGAUUGGACUGGGAGCUGGUGCUUAUGUCCUCAGCAGGUGUGCACUCAGCCACCCUGAUCUGGUGGAGGGUCUCGUUCUUAUUAAUGUUGAUCCGUGUGCAAAGGGUUGGAUUGACUGGGCAGCAUCCAAGUUUUCAGGCUGGACAACCAACAUAGUGGAUAUUGUCUUGGCGCAUCAUUUUGGCCAUGAGGAACUGCAGGCAAAUCUGGAUUUGAUCCAAACAUACAGGCUUCAUAUCGCGCAAGACAUCAACCAAGAUAACCUUCAGCUGUUCCUCACCUCAUACAACAGCCGCAGAGACCUGGAAAUUGAGAGACCAGUUCUUGGCAUCAAUGAAAAUACUGCAAAAACACUCAAGUGCCCUGCCUUGCUAGUGGUCGGUGACAGCUCACCUGCCGUGGAAGCAGUGGUUGAAUGCAAUUCACGUCUUGACCCAACCAAAACAACGCUUCUGAAGAUGGCCGACUGCGGGGGCCUGCCCCAGGUGGUUCAGCCUGGCAAGCUGACGGAAGCCUUCAAGUACUUUGUGCAGGGAAUGGGCUACAUCCCCUAUGUGCAGCUCAGCCACCUAAGCACUGAGUCAGGUACCUUCAACCGUGCAUCCGCCUCGGCCCCAGUCUGUGUGCUGAUGCCAGCAGCCAGUAUGACCAGGCUGAUGCGCUCCCGUACUCACUCCUCCUCUAGUGUGGGCUCUGGGGAGAGCAUCCGCAGCCGGUCCCACACCAGCAACUACGGUGAAGGAAGUGCUGGAACCCCGGAAGGAAGUGACCUCCAGGAUGCACCUCAAACCAUGGAAGUAUCCUGUUAGGCAGGAGCCCUUCUUCUGGAUUCAGACAACUCCACUCGCCCCCACUGAACCCACCCAGAAUCUAGCAUUUCAUCUGACAUGGCAUUAACUGUUCUCUCUAACUUGUGCAUGCCCAUCUGAGCCGCCACCUCCUUGGUAGUCUGUACUUGGCAUUACUUUGGUCCUUUCUGUAUGCCUUUGGCAUCAGAGCCUCUUUAAAACUUGUUACCAUUCCGCGUUCUUAGUAAGUCCUGUUACUGUACAUGCUGCCCCUGUCUCCUGUCUGUGCUGUAUAUCAAUCCAGAUGACAGCCGUUGUCUCCCCUGUUCAUUUAAAUAUUAUUUCUGUGGCUUUGUGAGGUUUAGAAUUGCUUUCUAGUUGUGCUUCUGCUAAAGGACCCUUGUGGUGCAGUCGGUAUGGCGUCUGUGGGCCGUGGGAAGGCAGGACCGGGGUGCUGGUGAGCCUCCAGGCGCUGGAGCAGGCGGCGCUCUUUGGCAGAGCUGCGCCUGAAGUGCAGAACCCACCGGAAGGUCUGUGCAUUCCCACGGCUCUCGGCAUGCCACGCAGCUAUGGGGAAAACAAACGGUCAGAAAUACCAUCUUGGUCUCCUGGCUGUGUGUGUGUUAAGAAGGAUCAGAGUGAUUUCUUACCUGAGCCUCCUGAAAGGGCAAAGCAAUUAGCAAGUGAACUUUGCUAACCGCGGUGCACUAUUAAUCAAGUACAAGGGAGUAAAUGACACCAGCCCUGGCCUCCGGACCACCUCUGCUGGCCCUCUGUCUCUGCUGCUGAAGGGCCAGAUGGGGUUAACACCGAGGCACUCGCUAUUCCACCCUGGCACAGGUGAAUCUCUAACAUCUACAGCUGUGAAAUGGGCAGCAGUGCCCCUUGCCAGGUGGAGAUCCUGACAUCUCCUGCACUGCCAGCUCGGCUUCCCGCUGCUGCCAGCCCCGCGCCGGGUGUCUGCACAGGGCGCGAACUGAGGUUCGGGACACCCCAGGGGAUGUGAAUGACUGCCAGCAGGUGCACAGUCCUGCAAGUCGGGUCGGAGCGUGAGCAGUGAACGCCUCCGUGUAGGGACUGUCUUUGUGGAGUUCACAGUUCUGCUGCCUUUCGACGUCUGGCCGGGUCACAGAGGGCAGGAGGCGAAUGCCUGCUGCGUGCCAGGGUCUGGCUGUUAAUGGGAGAAAAGGGAUGAGUGGUCAGGCUACUGCAGGUCUCGACAGAUGAGCAAAACAUCCUUUCGUAACUGUUGAACAGCCCUGACUCACUGGGAGUCGGCCCCGCCAAGGGUCACGCUCAUGUUCUGCUCCAUUUCAGGUAGGGAAUGGGACUGAGAGGCUCUGCCUGAUGGGGACUUUGUACCAGUUAUUAAAUAAAGCUAUAACUGAG